AAGUGCGAUUUUGAAUAUUGUUGAUAAACAAACCAUCUCCACUGCAAACAGGAUUUUGAUUCCGUCGCAUCGAGAUGGCGAUAAUUUUACGCAAUAUCAGCAACAUUUGUCGACUUUGUCUAAACGACGACGAGGUACUGUUUCCCGCCACGAAUAUCCUAGAUUCAGGACUAACCAGCGAAGAUGUGGAGCGGUGCACCGGUGUUCAGCUAUUUGACGAGUCGAACAUUUUCUACGCGGUUUGCAUCGAAUGCCACAACAAGGUGCAAAAGUUUACCGCGUAUCGAAGCUGCUGCAUGAACAACGAUGUGCGAUUUCGUCGCCUGUAUCCGAUGAUAUUCGAGAAGCUGGUCUGGGACGAAGAAACGGGCCCGGAGGAGUGUUUGAAAGCGGACACCGUUGACCAUAGCUACUGUGUGGAGACGUAUGAAAAUCCACCGGAAGAGGAAAGCGUACCGGAAGAGGAAAGCGCUGCACCAGUUGAUCUGCCGGAAGAAAUAGAUCCAGAAUAUGAAGAGCUGGUAGAGCUGUAUGCGGCUGACGACACCAAAGUUGAUGUUGAUGUUGACAUUAUAGAAGAGAUCGUACUCGAAACGAACGCCGACGUCGAAAUCAUCCCUCAAGAGAGCGGUGAAGAAACAUUCUUGCCAGAGUUGCCUCCGGUGCAGGAAGCAACGGUGGAGGAAGUGGAGCAUCAGGAAGACAACGCGUGUGUAAUCGAAUCAAAUGCAUGCUUACAGGGAGUAGUAGAACUCAGCGAACCUAGCCAACAACAGCACUCCACAGACGAACCGCAGAUUGCGCACCAAAGCACUGAAGAGGAGAGUGAGUACGAGUGGAUGGAAGAACCGAAGGCGGCUGAAGAAAGCACAGCCAAGGGUGCCAAAGGAAGCAGACCCAAACAGCAGCUUUGCACGCUGUGCGGGAAGCUGGUUAGCUAUCUGCGGGACCACAUGAUAACGCACACGAAGGAACAGAAGUACGCGUGCGACCGGUGCCCGUUCGUAUCGAGCCGCAAGGCGAAUUUAAAAACGCACGUGCAAAACGUACACCUCAAGCGGGUGAUAAGGAGGUGUGAAAAAUGUGACCGCGGUUUCAGCUACGUCGACUCGUACAACGCUCACAUGCGCGCCAAACACAAUCUGGGAGAGUAUUUUGAGUGUAAAAUAUGUUCGAAGAAAUUUCGCCACCGUGGCGGACUGAAUGGCCACCUGAACCGCAAGCACAACGAGGAGAGCAACUGUACCUGUCCGGUUUGUGGAUUCGUGUGCCAGGACAAAAAAGGGUUGAAGGACCAUAGCAGGGUGCAUUCCAACGAGAAGCCGUUUGUGUGCCGGCACUGUCCGAAGGCUUUCAAGAGCACGUACGCACGCCGAACGCACGAGCUGAUCCACAAGGGUGUUGUUUUUUCGUGCACGGUGUGCGAAAAAUCCUAUCGCUACAAGUCGCAACUGGUGCUGCAUUCGAAAAAACACAACGCGCAGCCAAAUACGCAGCAGCAAGAAAAUGAGCGACCAACGUUCCAGAGCAAGAUAGCGAAGGUGGAAUAUCUCGAGCAGGACGACAGUUCAUCGGACUGCAGCAGCUUGAAGGGGCAAGAUAAUUCAGACGAAGAGGAUAAUUUAGCCAUCGUCGUGGAAGGCAAUGAAUCUUACGGGGAGCAUCCACAAGAUCGCAGCGUAUCCCCGGACAGAGAAGCUAGUGAACAGGAAAAUGAAGAAAAGGCUUCCGUUACGGACUGUGGACGCGGGGUGGACAGCGUCGGAAGUGCUUCUGAUAUAGAGGACAACGAUGAGGAGAACGAGCGAACCCAAAAGAAUGCUCUCCAGGAUAAGAACUCCCGCCGGCAGCUGUGCCCGAUGUGCGGUAAGCUGGUGUACGACCUUCCGGUCCAUAUAGUAUCGCACACGAAGGAGCGCAAGCACGUCUGUCCCCAUUGUUCCAUGGCUUAUGGGCGCAAAACGUACCUGAAGAUGCACGUGGAAGCGGUGCACCUGAAGAAGGUGGUCAAAACGUGUGAAGUGUGCAAUCGCGGCUUUACGCAACGAACCGGCUACGAAGCACACAUGCGGGCACAGCACAACAUCGGAAAAUGGUACGAAUGCAAACUGUGCGAUAUGCAGUUUCGGCACCCGGGUGGCUUGCGGGAGCAUAAUAAUCGCAAGCACAACGAAAAAUCCAACUGCUCGUGCCCGACCUGUGGCAUGGAGUUUCAAAGCAAAGUUGGGCUGAAAAAUCACAGCAGGGUGCACUCCGUGGUGCAGAUGUUUGCGUGCAAGCACUGCCCGAAACGGUUCAAAAGUCCCAACGCGCACAAGCAACACGAGCUUACCCAUUUGGGCGUUACCUUUCCCUGUCCGUGGCUCUUCACAAAUGUUUACAAACAAACGAACGUUUGCCGUCCUCGCGUAGAAAUGGCCAGUUUUGUGCGUGUAAUUGAUAAAAUUUGUAGACUCUGCUUAUCGGAAAAUGAAGCAAUUCUACUGCCAACAUCACAGGUCAUCGAUUCAACACUGACCGUCGAUGAUAUUGAGCGAUGUACCGGCGUACGGGUGGAAGAGGAACACGUGACGUACGUGAUUUGUGAACCGUGCCACAAUAAGCUGCAAAAAUUUACCGCCUACCGAUACUUCUGCUUAAGCAAUGACGAGCGCUUCCGGGAACUGUUUUCAGCGCUGUGCGCAAGUGAGCGAGAUUCGGAGGCUAAACCACCCAGCGCGACUUUCGAACACAGCUACUUUCGAAUGGACGGUGACAGUGAGUACGUGAUUAGCUACGCCAAACCCUCGGAUGAUGGUUAUGAAGAAGCAAUCGAGGCCUUUGGGCUCGAGGAACUUCUACAGCCGGAAGAGCAUGUUGAAAUGGUCGAACCAACGGAGCAGCAGAACAGUGACGAGGGAUUGGACUGGUGGUCCGCCACUACACCACCAUUACCGUCCGAAGCCGAACUUUCCACAGAGGAGCUGGAAGAGAUUGAGCCUCCGGUGAAACCAAAGAAACCACGGAAACCGUACGUGCGACGAGCGACGGUAGGUAAAGAGCAGGAUAGUUCGAUGAAAAAACCACGGGUGUAUAAGAAGCGACCAAAUCAAAACAAGCUGCCCAAGAAGCUGUGCACGGUGUGUGGUAAGUUUGUGGCCAACUUGAACCAUCACCUCCUAUCGCACACUAACGAGCGAAGGUUCGUCUGCACAUACUGUCCGGGGGCGUUCAGUCGCAGCUCGUUAUUGAAGGUGCACGUGGAAGCGGUACAUCUGAAGAAGACGGCCAAGACCUGUGAGCUGUGCGAUAGGAGCUUUACGCACAAAUCCAGCUACACGAUCCACAUGCGAGCUGCACAUAAUAUUGGCGAUUGGUACGAAUGCAAGCUUUGCGAUCUGAAAUUUCGCCAUCCGGGAAGCUUGCGGGACCACAACAAUCGCAAGCACAAUGUGGCGAGCAACUGCGAAUGCACAAUCUGCGGCAUGAUGUUUGAGGAUAGCUACGGAUUGAAGAAACAUGGCCGAGUGCACUCGAACGAGCAACCGUUUGCGUGUCGCUACUGUCCGAAGCGUUUCAAGAGCCCGAACGCGCACCGGGCACACGAGCUGAUCCACCAGGGUGUCGUGUUCACGUGUGAGUACUGUAACAAAACCUAUCGAUACAAAUCGCUGCUCAAUAUGCAUAUGAAAAAAGAGCACAAGAAGCAGGUGGCCGAAAGCGAAACAAAAAAUAAUUAGAUUCAUUUAGGCAGAAAAGAGCAGGAAGAAACGACACAAGCAGGGAAAGAGUGGUAGAAGGAUGCAGCUAUACCCUGUCCAAUGUUCUCGGCGGCCAGUAAUUUUUAAAGGAGAUUAUGGUAAAACACAUCAACUUUUGUUGAACGAUGAGAAUAGAUUGAAUGUGAUAUUUUUAAUUCAAGGCUUCAGUACUAUAUCACUUUCCCGAUGUCUCCAUCAGCAGGAAUGCAAAACCACGCGCCAAUUCUUCCGCCAUAUUAGACCAAGACCAUGAGAGUAAUUUUAAUAGGAUAACUAAUAAGGAGAUUUGAAUAAAAAUAUCGACUACAUAAAGCAA